AUGGGUUCACAGGUUGGCAGUUAUGAUGAUGGUGGCACAAAUACCUAUGAUGGUGGUGAUGGAGGAGAUGGUGGUGGUAGAUGUUGUGGUGGAGGUGGUAGGGGUGUCGAUGAAGGAGGUAGUGGUGUAUUUGGCGAAGGUGAUGGUGACAACAAAGGUGUCGAUGGUGGAGGUGGCAACGGGGGUGGAGGUUGUUACAGUGGUGGUGGAGUAGCUGAUGGAGGUAAUGGUCAAGGUGAUGAUGGUAGAGGUGAUGGUGACAACGACAAAGGUGGUGGCAGUAGGGUGGAAAUUGUGUUGUAUUUGGGUUGA